CUACAAACUACAAAUUCUAAGGUCACUUUUGUUCAUGUUUAUAAGACUACCUUAAUUGUAUUCCAUUCUAUUGUACAGUACAUCCCCCCCCCCCCUCUCUCCCCCAACUAUCCUGUCACGGCGGAGAACAUGAACUACGCCGCGCCGGUAUUUGGAGCGGCUCUUGUUUUCUCUGUGGGAGACUGGUUUGUACGGGGUCGCAAACAGUGGCACGGUCCAACCGUCAAAGUGGCGACCGAAACGGUUAAGUCAGGUGUACUGAAAUGCGUCUCGGGCAAUCCUCCUUGCCAGAAAAACGCCCUCCAAGCUCUAAAAUGGAUCCACAAGGUAGGGUUGGUAAUCGCAGUCGCUGUUUCCAGUCAGUCGGUACAGUACAGCAUUGGAGAGGAUGUCUGGGAUUCGCUGGUGGUCACCCACCCAACUACUAACCAGCCGGCGUGUGGCUUAAGUACGGCUGAGCGGACGGGAAGCCCUGUUUUCCACACCCUAUGGUCUACAGUGCUCAGAGAAUGUGCACUGCAUGUAGAUAUAGGCUGUACCCAUGAUCGUGGUGACUUGAAAGAGGAAAGAAGGAUAGACGGGUUAAUAUUAUGCUGUAUAAAAAGAACAAAAAGGGCAGAAAAGGACCUGUAUUGGGUAUAA